AUGAGGAGAGAAUAUACUACCUUGAGGGGAAAACGACGGGGAGAAGAGGACGAGGAGGCGCUGAGGCGGCUUAGUGGUGAAGAGGCUUUGCACGAUGAAGCUAGCUUGGAUGACACUUGGUACUUCUGUAUCUUUUCUUCUUCUUCUGACUUUGCUAUUAUCUGCUUCACUGUUGUCCCUGAGUACUUUCUUUCUUCCUCUCUCGUCGCCUUGAAUUGUCGCUUUGAGAUGCCUUUUGUUUAUGUGCCUCUUGAUGGCCUUACAAACAUGCUUCUUCCUUGA